AUGCCUUCGCUGGAAGAAUAUGCAGCAAAGCGCGCUGCUCUCAUGAAAACUGAUAGAGGUUUUCGUAUCGACCAUGCCAAAUCUGCGAGCGAGUCUGCCACUGAGAUUGAGGCCGAUAGGAUCAUACGACAAAUUCGAGAGAUAGAGGCGAAAUCCAUCUGGAGCGCAGAACACGAUAAUAUACCUCAUCCAUUUCCUGGCAUGGAAUUUCUGACCGGUAAAACACCUACGAGACAUGUGACCGUUAACGCAAGCACACUGCUUAAACUGGCCCUCCAACAAUCUGCCAUCCAUAUCCGUGUCCCGACACCCGUCAGUAUCGGCGUGCCACUUUCUGCAAUUGUUCCAGAUUUCAGCGUUCAGCAUCACGAUUUUCAUGCUGAAUUCUUAUCAUUGUGUGACGUAUCUUAUGUACCAAAUGCGUGGGUGUCAUUGAGAAAGGCGCGGGAGAUGUUUUCGCCCACUCUUGGUGGGCCAGACGGCUUUGAACAAUGGAUCAUCGGUGCUUUGUCUAUUAAUGCAACUGAAGCUUACUUGACACAUAACACCAAUGCCAAAAUCUGGAAGAAAUUUACAGACGCAAUUGCACUCUCUUCGGUAUUGCUCAAGUUUACCUUGCCACCGAUGAAACUGGUUUACUAUGCUCCUAUUUGGUCAGCUUACAUUCGACAAUUCCUUGUGGAUAAUAUCGCAGAUGGUGUAUCUUACAUCGAACUCUUCAUAAGAUAUAUGUUUGGUGCUGAUGGACGGGAAGAUGUACCUCACCGAGAUUGGCUUGUUGCAUUUGAUCAGGACUUACACGAUGAAGGACGAGAUGAUGACUUUUUUGGUGCUAAAAUUAUAUACACAGCGAUCAAAACGGUUGAACCAGCAGGCCUAGACUGGUACCUUGAAGAUUGCAUUGCUCUAAAGCAGGAGUUUCCCUAUCUCGUCGCUGGUUUCGAUCUUGUAGGCGACGAAAAUCUACUCAGACCUCUCAUUGACUAUCUGGAGCCGUUUUUGCGUUUUGAAGAACGCAAAAAGGAACUUGGCCUUGAUAUUCCGUUCAUUUUCCAUGCUGGCGAAACAUGUGGUGAUGGUACAGUGGCUGACAACAACUUAUAUGAUGCCAUAUUACUAGGUACUAAACGUAUAGGACAUGGUUUCUCAUUAGUCAAACACCCCAGUCUCUUGCAGAUCUGCAGAGAGAAAGGAAUUUUGGUAGAGGUCUGCCCUAUCUCGUACGAGAUAUUGCGCUUGACUUCAUCAAUGCCAAUGCAUCCGCUUCCCGUCCUUGUCAAUAAUGGUAUACCAGUCGCUCUUAGUUCAGAUGAUCCAGCAGUAUUCGGGAACAUGGGUUUAACGUAUGACUUUUUUCAGGUGCUUGUUGCCAGCGAGAUUACUGGUUUGAUUAUGCUUGGUCACUUUGCGCGGGAUAGUAUCACUUAUUCGACUCUCAAUGACACGGAAAAGUCGCUUGUUAUGGGGGCAUGGGAAAAACGUUGGGCAAAGUUUGUAAAGGAGAUAGUGGAGUUUUCUGAAGACCUUCAAUGAAGGUCUUUCGGUUUUUGGCGAUUACUUUUACUCCAGAACUGCUCCACUUGAACUAUCGUGAUCAACGAUAGUACCUUUUCUCUGGUCCCUUCAACUGGAUCCUUCCAUUUUGUUUCUUCCCUUGUGAUCAAAGGACUGACCACCAUUUCUCCGGGAAAACGUGGAGUCCUCGGUCUGCCGUCCCUCAACGGAUGCUCUUCUGCUUUGACUCCUCUCGGUACUCAGUUUGAAUCCAGCUAACUGGUUCCAGUUGAACUUGCAACAUGUAUUCGUAUCCCUCGCUUGCUUGGUACAAUAUCAAAUCUUGGCCCGUUC